AAAGGUAUUUUACACUCUAUUUGUUGUUUGAGUAACCGAAAUAGUCAAGGAGGACGAACUCUGCUAAAGAACCGUCAGAAGUUGUGUCCCCGGAAUCCCCUGAACUUACAAGCACAGCUGCGAGACUGCAGAGUGGGUCGGACAUGUUUUCGACUGCACCGACAGACACUCGCCGCGACGGCCCCGAAGAUGACGAAAAGACCCCGCGGACAACCGCGACAACGGAGUACUGCGCAAAGUUGCAGGCGUGGAUGUGGCAGUACCACUGCGGCUACGCCAGCUGGCAGAACUGGCUCACCGUGUCAGCCUUCCCCUUCGCCCCUGCGUGUGGCUUCCCGGCGCCGGGGACAAGCGGCCAGGCGCCGGGCACACCUGCGGGGACCUCCGGCGGCGGGCAGCCGGCUUUCGACACGGUGAACCGGUACAGUUACCCGUAUCCCCUCGGGUUCCCCGCGUCCUACCCGCACCCGGGUGGCCACGGAACGGACCAGACCUCUGCCGCGGAUCCGCGGUCGGCCCAGCUGCAGAAUGGGAAUCCACCCCGGGCAGGACGGGAGUACACCAUCCCUUCUCCUCUCAAGAGGUUCCUAGCUGAGACUGUGGACUUCUUUAUCCUCUUUUGUGUGAAAGCCACCAUUGUGCUUUGGAUCAUGCAUCUGAGUGGCAUGAAAGACAUCGCCAAAUUCAUUACCCACUUCGUUGUGGAGGAGAUAGAUGAGAACACGUCCAUGGAGGACCUGCAGAAGAUGAUGGCCGUCGCUCUAGUCUACAGGGUGCUGGUCUGCGUCUACGAGACAAUUUGCAUUUGGGGCGCUGGUGGCGCCACACCGGGGAAGUUCCUGCUCGGCCUGCGGGUGGUGACGUGUGACACAUCCACUCUGGUCCGACCGAACAGAGUCCUCGUAGUACCAGCAUCUAAAGUCUCCCUCUCCGCUUCUACUGUGCGGGCCCUUAACAAGAACUUCUCCAUUGCUUUCCUAUUUCCCGUCUUCAUCACUCUCCUGUUCUUCCAGCACAACAGGACGGUGUAUGACAUUGUGGCAGGGACCAUCGUUGUCCAGCGACGAGGGGCCAGAUAGCCUCUCCUCCUGCAGCAGACUCCUUUAUUUGACAGGUUAAUGAAAACGACGCUGCAGGCCCAUGUGGGUCGAGUGUCUUUACGUUUAAUUAGUCACAAAUGAACUACCAACAAAAUCGAUGCACUAGCCCAUGAACUUGGAAUCAAAAGAAUCCUGCUUUGCUUUGUUUUAUUUUUUGUUUUCAUCACAGACUACUGUCAGUAAACCCUCUAAAGUAUUAUGAUUUUUGAUAAGUAUAAAAUAUGUUAAGCCUGAAAUGGUGCAGUCCUGUUUCGGGGUUGUCUCGAGACGUAUCCUCAUAUGAUGUGAAUCUUUAUAUGCUAUGUCAUAUAGUUAUUUAUUUUUGGUGCUUACAGUCCCUAUGUGUAGGAUUUAAUUAUUACUAUUUUACAAGCACAGGCCAUUUCAACAAUCUGACAAUUUCCUUAUUUUUAUAAUCACAUGAGUACAACUCAUGAGGAUUCCAAUUAAGGUGAAAUCAUUUGGUUCUGAAAGCAACAUUUGAACUGGAUGACUUGUUCUUUUCUUCCAGGUAAUAUUGGUUAAUCAGUUGUUUGGGUUGCUAAUGAUUCUUUUUACAUUUAAAUUAUUCUUAACCACUCGGCCGGAAGAAAAGUAAUGCAAAUUCUUUGUGCCUUUUUAAAAUCUAUUAAUGAAGUAUUGGCUUGUUUUAAAUGUGGCAACUUUUCUGAGGUUGAAAUGAUGUUUGUUAAUUCUUUGCUUAUGUUUCUUCAGACUUGUGAGUCAGAGCAAAUGUUUUAUUUAACGGAACCACUGAUUGUCUCAACUGCACUAUUGAAUAGCACUGCUAAUCUCAUAUUUCUACUUAAUAUGCAUUAUUUAAAUUAUUUAUUCUUAUGUUAUGUUAGCAGUCAGGUAUAAAGUUUACUUAAUCCACUGUAUGGCUACUGAUGACUAUACCUGCACAUGUGUGUGGGGGAAGUGUUAAGUCUGCAGUUAUAUUUUGCUCAUGGUCUUAAAUAUCUACUUCUUGAAAGACAAUCUUAUUCAAAUUUGAUUAAAAAAUUAAAGGUAAAAUGUUUAGUUUACAGUGUUAAUUGCAGUUUCAUGUAGCAGUUAAUGCCAUUGCAUAGUUUAGUCUGACUGUUUUCCACUGUUGCUAACACGUGUAGCCACACGAGGGCGAUAUUAAACAACAAACAUCCAUACACGUGGCCCAAACACAGUCGAUUGGAAAAAAAACAUUCUGGAUCUUUGCAUCUCCAGAUAUGUUUUUGCACAUGGUCUGUAUGAAAUGGUUAAAAACCCCGCUUUGUGUUUCAUUGAUGAACACAACCGAGCAAACCGCUCCUGCUGACUUGGACCGACAUGUUUCUUUCAUUGCCUUACUGUCUAUUCGUCACAUUGACCACAAACUCUCCCUUUUAAUCCUCAGACAUUUGCGUUCCGUUUUACCUGAAUGCAAACUUUCUAACGACUCAACAAUAAAUGUAUAUGAAGGUGUUAUGCCGGUGGUUUUACUCUGAUAAAGUGAUGCAACUUGUU